AUGGCCAAGUUCAUGUGCUUGCUUUCCUAUGUCACCCUCCUUUUCGCCGCCUCGGCCUCCGCAGGCAUCGGGCCCGUCACCGACCUGACCAUCACCGAUGUAACCGUCGCCCCCGAUGGCUUCAGCCGUGCUGCCAUCGCAGUCAACGGUCUCGUUCCCGGGCCCCUCAUCACUGGUAACCAGGGCGACCGGUUCCAGCUCAACGUAAUCAACCAGCUGACGAACCACACCAUGUUAAAAUCCACUAGUAUUCACUGGCAUGGCUUCUUCCAGAAGGGCACGAACUGGGCAGACGGUCCUGCCUUCAUCAAUCAGUGCCCCAUCUCCAGCGGAAACUCGUUCCUGUACGAUUUCCAGGUUCCAGACCAGUCUGGUACCUAUUGGUACCACAGUCAUCUUUCCACGCAAUAUUGCGAUGGUUUGAGGGGUCCUUUCGUAGUGUAUGAUCCUAAGGAUCCCCACGCACAUCUUUACGAUGUUGACGACGACUCGACCGUGAUUACCCUCACGGAUUGGUACCAUCUUGCCGCCAAGGUUGGCCCUCGUGUCCCGUUUGGUUCAGACUCCACUCUCAUCAACGGUCUGGGGCGGAGCCCAGGAACUCCUACCGCUGACCUCGCGGUCAUCAAUGUUACGCAGGGCAAGCGCUACCGCUUCCGACUUGUGUCGAUUUCUUGCGACCCGAACUACGUCUUCAGUAUCGACAACCACGACCUGACCGUCAUUGAAGCCGAUGGUAUCGAGACGAAGCCCGUCACCGUCAACGCUAUUCAGAUAUUUGCUGCCCAGCGUUACUCGUUCGUGCUUACUGCGAAUCAAACAGUUGACAACUACUGGAUUCGUGCUAACCCGAACUUGGGUAACAUCGGCUUCGCAGACGGCAUCAACUCUGCCAUUCUUCGCUAUGACGGAGCUGCUUCGAUCGAGCCUACAACGUCCCAGCAGGCUACGCAGAACCUGCUUAACGAGGCCACUCUUGCGCCCUUGACCCCGAGGGUGACGCCCGGUACCGCUGUGCAGGGUGGUGUUGACAAGGCCAUUAACAUGGUCUUCAACUUCAACGGCACCAACUUCUUUAUCAACGACGCUUCUUUCGUGCCCCCCACCGUCCCCGUCCUGCUCCAAAUUAUCAGCGGCGCGCAGGAUGCCCAGGACCUCUUGCCGUCUGGUAGUGUAUACCAGCUGCCCGUCAAUUCGUCCAUCGAGAUCACCUUCCCCGCCACCACGAACGCUCCUGGUGCUCCUCAUCCCUUCCACUUGCACGGUCACUCUUUCGCUGUCGUACGCAGCGCGGGCUCUACCGAGUACAACUACGACAACCCUGUCUGGCGCGACGUCGUUUCCACCGGUACCCCCGCCGCGGGCGACAACGUCACUAUCCGCUUCCAGACUGACAACCCGGGCCCGUGGUUCCUCCACUGCCACAUCGAUUUUCACCUCGAGGCUGGUUUCGCUGUCGUCAUGGCCGAAGACAUUCCGGAUGUCAAGUCUGCAAACCCAGUCCCGCAGGCUUGGUCGGACCUCUGCCCAACUUACGAUGCCCUUUCCCCUGAUGAUCAGUGA